CGGAAGUUGUCCGAUGUGCCCGAACCGCCGAUUUGAUCACCCGGAAGUGCUUUUGUCCACGCGAGGUAGCUUUGUCGUUUGGUUGUCGGAGGCGGUCCAGCGCUUUUCCUCUAAAACCUCAUCUAACAUAAGGCGCCAACAAACAUGAGUCUGUUAACAAAGCCCAAGUCAGAGAUGACUCCUGAGGAGUUGCAGAAGCGAGAGGAGGAGGAGUUCAACACAGGCCCUCUGUCUGUACUGACCCAGUCAGUGAAGAACAACACUCAGGUUCUCAUCAACUGCCGCAACAACAAGAAGCUACUUGGUAGAGUCAAGGCUUUUGACAGACACUGCAACAUGGUGCUGGAGAACGUGAAGGAGAUGUGGACCGAGGUUCCCAAGAGUGGCAAAGGAAAGAAGAAGUCCAAGCCCGUCAACAAGGACCGCUACAUUUCGAAAAUGUUCCUGAGAGGAGACUCUGUCAUUGUGGUGCUGAGGAAUCCUCUCAUCACUGGAAAAUGAACUCUGGUGUCACCUUUGUUUUCCUUUCACCUCCAGGCUGUUGGAGGAAAGUUUCUUUUGUCUUUUGUUUCGGGUCGCACUGCUCCAGUAGUCCUUGUGUUUCUCCAAUGAAACUUGAUUUGUUCCACGACCCUGACCGUGUCUUUUUGGUUUUUAAUAAUAAACUCGACAAAGA